AUGAGUUCUGGAUUUUCAUAUCCUCAACCAGUCUUCCAAUCACCUAUUUAUAAUUCGGCUUUCUAUCUAUCUCUGGAUGCGAGUGGAUUUAUCACCUAUGAUUAUGCUCAGACACUUUACCUCGGCAAAAAUGACUACAGAUUGACUUAUAUCUCAGGUAUUACAAUAGGGUCAGCCACGGAGGGUGUAGCGCUUGUUCCAGGGCCUAACAAAGAUAUCAGUGGUAUUGGCGCACUCAGCUGUAGUAGUUUAAUAGUGAAUGGAGUAGCGGUUGGGAGCUUGACAACGUAUCUUACUGGUAUCACACCCGGUACGGCAACUGUGAGUAAGGCGUUGAUACAUCAAGUAAUAUCUCAGGAAUCAAUUAUCUAUCGGCCACUCAACUAG